GUCUGGAGCUCUGUCUGUUUGGGGUUCUCUUUAGUAGCAGAAAUUGUCCUGCAGAUCCCCUGUAUCCAGCUGAAUUGGAAACCUCGGGUCUGUUUUGGUUGCUUUGUCACCUCCUUUGCUGCUGUGCUGAAGAAUGUCUUUGCUGUCACCAGGAGAUGAAGAUGAACCAGAGCGUUUUGAUGGUCUUUCUCUCUUAUACUGGACUAUUAUGGGCCCUCAUGGAAUCAAUCGAGCUGUGCACCGCAUUUCUUUUUCUGACUGUCAAAAUGGAUUAGGAGUUAAAAUUAUUGGAGGUUAUCGGGCACAAACAGCAGAAGAUUAUGGGAUUUUCAUAAAGAGAAUUCUACCUGGAGGAGUUGCUGCUGUAGAUAGCCGUUUGCUCACUGGUGACCUGAUUUUGGAUGUCAAUGGAGAAAACUUAAUUGGAGUAACCAAUGAAAGGGCUGUUGACAUCUUGCGAACAGCAUCAGCGUCUAACCACAUGUCUCUGCUGGUUGCUAGAGAUGAAGAAGCAAAGAAAGAAUUUCAUGACCUGAUGGAUAAGUACGGCUCUCACAGUGACAUCAACUCAGCCAGAAGCUCUCCGACACAACCAUUACCUGCAAAAUCUAAUGACAGCCCUUCUUCUGGGUCAUCCUCAAGGUCACAGAGCCCUCAGUUGCAUCCGAAGGAUAAUGCCACCACCAGCAGCAGAAAUAAUUGUGGCCCAACACCAUUCCCAAAGCUUGCAAACGAUAGUGCAUUUCAGAUGAUCUCUGUUUGCAAAGGGACAAGCCUAGGCUUGAAUAUUGUAGGAGGAAUUAACAGAAAUGAAGGGCCUUUGGUAUAUAUUCAAGACAUUAUCCCCGGUGGUGAUUGUCACAAGGAUGGACGAUUGAAGCCUGGAGAUCAGCUUGUAUCCAUAAACAAAGAGUCAAUGAUUGGUGUCUCCUAUGAAGAGGCAAAAAGUAUAAUCAACAGAACAAAGAUGAGGUCUGAAAGUUUUUGGGAGAUAGCUUUUAUUAGGCAAAAAAAUAUUCCCAGUUAUUCAGAGAGUCUGCAGCGUCCUUCCAGCCUCUUAACAUCUUCUACAGCAUAUGGAGACCAACAGGCUGCACUACUUAGUUCUCUUGCAUCUCCUAAUGGGAAGCUUGUUUCAACGUUUGUUCCAAAUGCAAUCCAAACUGGAGUGAAGACAGGAGAGAGGUCUCCAAUUACUUCUCUAGACAGCAAUCCUACUGAUGUGUCUGCCACUGUUACUGCCCCCAGCCAGAAUGAUGAUUAUGAGCUGCAAGGAAGGAACUCUACUGUUCGUCUCAAAGCAGAAAAGCUGGAAAGGGCAUUGAAUUAUCUUGGGAUUCAGCCCACAGAUGAACAGCAGCAAGCCCUAAGGCAGCAACUUCAGAAAGAUUCUAAAGGAACAGUGUCUUUUGGAGAUUUCAUUGAAGUUUCAAAGAAUCUGUUCUCUAUGCAACUGAAUGCAACAGAUGAUGGCCAAAAAUCUCCAACACCUGGAGUCAAUGAAAUUACCACCUUCCUGCAUUCACAGAUUGUAACCUCUGAUUCUUUGGAAGAUGAUGUGGAAAGACUUAAGAAAGAAAGAAAUGAUGCUUUAAAAGAAAUGAGUAAAUUAAAGGAGAAAUUAUCUGAAUCCAUGAAUUUAGAGAACCAGUUAACUGAGCAGCUCCAGAUUGUCAAGCAAGAAGCCAAGGCAGCUGUAGAAGAGACAAGAGCCCUGCGAAGCAGGAUUCAUCUUGCAGAAGCCGCACAAAGGCAGGCUCGGGGGAUGGAAAUGGACUAUGAAGAAGUUAUUCGCCUGUUGGAAGCUGAAAUUGUAGAGCUGAAGGCUCAGCUCACGGAUCAUUCUGGCCAAAAUAAAGAUAAUAUCCAGGACCUGAGGAAAAGAGUCACAGUGCUUGACUGCCAGCUGCGGAAAUCAGAAUCGGCUAGGAAGACCUUUGAGGUGGCUACGGAAAAAUUACUCCAAUUUGUAGAGGUCGUGCAUGAAAUACUUUCAGAUAACUCUACUCCCUCAACAGCUUUAAGUGACAGAACAUCAACAUUGUCUGCUAAAGCACUUCUCGCACGGUUGGGAAGGACUGGACCUACUGUCACAACAGCUCUUGCAGCAGAAGCCAGAGACCUUGCCAAGUCUGUCCGUGCCAUUUUGGAAGUAGACUGUCUGCCUUAUGGAUGGGAGGAAGCUUAUACAGCAGACGGAAUCAAGUAUUUCAUCAACCACGUGACACAGACAACAUCAUGGAUCCAUCCCGUAACAAGCGCACUAAGCUUGCUUUGCUCUGAGGACGACGAAGAUGGAAUAAGAGAGCUUCCCAGGUCCAAGAGCUGAGGACGUCUGUUGACAUUGUUGUAGUUUGUGUAGUUUCAGUACACUAGUGAGAAGAUGCACACUUUCUGCAUACUUUCUAGCCUAAUGUAAUAGUACUUGAUGGUGUUUCUCCCUUUCAAGUCAGAGGAAGUUCUGCCAUUUUUAGGUGGGUUUAUUGAUAGGUGCUACAGAAGAUGCAGAAGUCUCCCUUCAGUCCUUAAUGUGUUACAGUUCAGUGUCUAGGGACCAGUCUUAUCUUGGAGCCCAGUCCAGGCUUUUCAAGACAUCUCUGUUGGUUUAACUCCCUUGACCUGAAGUGUAAUUUUCACAGCUUUGACCAGCAUGAGAGUUAAGAUGAGACCAUUGGUUUUAAUUCCACAUGGUGGAUUCCGGCAUGGUUGACUGAAAGCUGCAAGGUGAGGUGUGGUGGGGUUUUGUUAACCAGUGCUGGUGAAUGUAACAUAGAUACCUUUUCUUUAACUACUGAAAAUCUUUAUUUUUAUGGAAGAAACUUGUGAAUAAGCUUUGCUAAUAGAAAUUAGGCAAUUUAUUACAAGUAUUGGAGCCCUGAUGACUUUUAAGACAAAUACUUUUGAAGAUUGGUGGUUGGGCUUUAGAGAAAUGAGUCUUUGAUAAGUUGUCAAGUAAAAAGAAACAGUUUGGUAAAGGACAUCAUACUCUGUCAACAAUAUGAGGCAAGAAUGAGAAUUAUUCUACUUUUGUACUCUGCUAAACCGGUACAUACAUGCAUCAAAUACUUCAGUGGAAGCUGUGAAGUUUCAAGUACAAUGAAACCUGUGAAACCACCUCCAGGAUCAGCAGAAAUCAGUCACCUCCUCAAAGUUGGUCUUUAAGUAGAACAAAAUGAUUUUGUACUCACUGGUGAUGUUUUAAAGAGGAUAAAGAACAUGCCAGGAGGUGCUGGUGCAAGCUGAUGAGCAGGUUUCACUGUACCUUGAUAGCACAGGGUAUUUUAAAUCUCAUUAUUCACAGCACAAUGUAUGAUGUCAGCUCUCUGAAAUACAUGACUUUGUGCUGUGUUUCUCUAGAGGCUCUUUACAUAUGUGUAUGUAUAGAAUACAUAUGGUAGGUGUUGAUUAAUGAAUGAAAGACAGAUCUGAAACUUUGCAGAAGUUCCUCAUCAUACUGAUGAGUACAUCAAAGGAGAACUCUCUCUGAUCUUCAGCCUGAGAUGGAAAAUGGGAUGUAUUAGUGUGAGGGAGGACAGGAUGCAAUUUGCCACUCUCAAGGACCGCUGGAAAGGUUCAGGCUCACUCUUGCACUCCAGGUCACCUCUGCUGGAUGAUACAAAGGGAUGGGGCUGUGCAAUCACAGUUUUUGAGGCCUGUCUUCAGCAGCUGUAGCACUGGAUUUUAAAGUCUUUUUUCUCUGAGGAAUGGGUAGAAAGCCCUGACUUAUUUGCAGUUCUGGUGCCUGUGUCCUACUCUGUCCUUACCAUUACCGAGCUGUGCCAAGUCAGGCACAUUGUAGCUGUUGAUCCUUUCAAAUCAAAAAGAAUAAACCUUCUUUUUCUAAACCCAA